CCGUCAAGGAGUGAAUUUUUGAAUUGAACUAUAUAUAAUGUACUGUUAAUCUAUUAUUUUUACGUGUUUGCUAGAUCUUGAAAUAUUAAAAUGAAAGCAUCAAGGAAAAAAAAGCCUGAAGUAGUUGUUUUCGAAGAACCAGCUCGAAAACAAAGAAAAAAAACACUGAAACGAGAGACGCGUCCAAAUAACGAAAUAGAUAUGGGAAAUAUUAGUUUUAAAGAAAUUGCACAGGAAGUGAAAGAGUUAGGUUUAUCAGGGUUUGAAAAAAAAGAACAGAAAAAGUAUAAGCAACAAGAAGCUCAAGCUUUGGGUGCAAAGGCUCCAAAGCAGCAAAAAAUGCCAUAUCCUCUGCUAAUGAAAUGCAGGAAGAAAAAAGAUGAAAGAGAAAGGAAACAGCAAGAUUUGGAAGCUGCGAUGGGUAUAUUCAAAAGGAAAAAGAAAUCAGAUGACAGAACCAAACAAAUUCUUAAAGGAACUGGUCGUUGGGUAGACCAAAGCAAGGGCCUUGAUAGUGGAAAGUUGAAGAAAGGUGUUCGAAAACUUAAACAAAAAGACAUUGCUAAAUUUAAAAAGAGCAAAACGUAAGACCUACAAGCUGAAAAUGUAAUCUAGAUCUGAAAGCUAGAAAAAUAAAUUUGUAUUUAUUUAAUUAAACAAUUGUUGUACUUUUGGGCAGUCUAACCAGCAUUAGUUUUCCAUUUUAUUAAUACAACAUUGUAACUAUAUACUUUGUUGUUUUUAAUAUUAGGGCAGGUUAUUGAAUGGCCUUGUAAUUUAACUGCAAAAUCACAAAAUUUAUAAUUAGUAUGAUAAUCCUUGUUAUAUUUUCUCAAAAUAUCAACAAGACAAACUUU